AUGGCCGCCCACAAUUCUCAAUUCCAAGAGGAAACUAGGAGCACUCUUAGGAACACAGGAGCUUCAAUCAAAAAUCUGGAGAUUCAAAUGAGUCAGAUUGCACAACAAAUGACCAACACUCAACCACAGGGCACCUUACCAAGUGCCACGGUUACUAAUCCCAGAGACAACAAUCAUGUGAACGCUGUGAUAACAAGGAGCAAUAAAUCGAAGGAAUCACAUGAGAAAAAUUCUGAUGAAGAGGAUAUGUUGAUUGAAGUAGAUGUGGAGAUUAAAGAAAAUGAGGUAGUAAGAAAAGAGGUCACAGGCGAAGAAGGAGUAGUCAAAGAAAAAGUUGCUACACCUAAACCAGCAGUUAGACUUCUUUUCCCCACAAGGAAUAAGAAGAAAGAACAACAUGAGAAAAACUUCGAAAAGUUUUUAGAGAUGUUCAAGAAACUUGAGCUAAAUAUUCCAUUCUUAGAGGCACUGGAGCAAAUGCCUACAUAUGCGAAGUUCAUGAAGGAUAUCAUUUCAAAGAAGCGAACAAUCGACAGUGACCCGAUUAUUCUAACUGAAACUUGCAGUGCUAUUUUGCAGGGAAUGAAGAUCCCAGUUAAAAAGAGAGAUCGAGGUUCAGUAACGAUUCCAUGCACAAUUGGUGAUAGAUCUUUCAAGAAAGCUUUAAUCGAUUUGGGGGAAAGUGUGAGUCUUAUGCCUUUAUCCAUUUACAAAAGAUUGGGAAUAGGUAAAUUACAAGAUACUCGUAUGACACUUCAGUUUGCUGACCAAUCCGUUAAAAGACCCUACGGAGUGGUAGAAGAUGUGUUGGUGAAAAUCGACAAGUUCGUGUUUCCGGAUCUAAGGCAACCUUUAGUGGAAGGAGGUAAAGACGAACCAAAGAAGGGGGCUGAACUGAAACAAUUACCAGAGAACCUGAAAUACGUCUUUUUAGACACUGAAAGUAAGUGCCCGGCUAUCAUAAGUUCUCACCUUGAAUUCCUUCAAGAGGAUAAGCUUGUCAAAGUCCUUAAAAAGCAUAAAAGUGCUCUUGGAUGGUCAAUUGAAGACUUGAAAGGAAUAAGCCCAACACUUUGCAUGUAUAAAAUCUUAAUGGAAGAUGAUCACAAACCGGUUGUCCAACCUCAACGACGACUAAAUCCAGCGAUGAAGGAAGUGGUUAGAAAGGAGGUGGUAAAACUCUUGGACGCAGGGAUGAUCUAUCUAAUAUCUGACAGUUCAUGGGAUUCUAAACCAAGGUUCUACUUGUGGGAUGAUCCGUUUUUAUACAAGAAGGGUCUCGAUGGAUUAAUAAGAAGAUGUGUACCCGAGGAGGAACAACGGGAUGUGCUAAAAGCAUGCCACGACUCCGAAUAUGGAGGACAUUUCAGCGGUGAUAGAACAGCUGCAAAAGUUUUACAAUCUGGUUUAUAUUGGCCCACGUUAUUCAAAGACGCCCAAAGUAUUGUGAAAGAAUGCGACAGGUGUCAGAGAACGGGGAAUAUUUCAAAAAGGAAUCAGAUGCCUCAGAAGGGUAUACUGGAGGUGGAAUUGUUUGAUGUGUGGGGGAUUGAUUUCGUGGGACCUUUCCCACCAUCCUUUGGGAAGAACUACAUUCUUGUAGCUGUGGAUUACGUUUCUAAGUGGGUAGAAGCAGUAGCUUUACCUACAAAUGACGCUAAGGUGGUAGUGAACUUCCUAAAGAACAAUAUUUUCUCAAGAUUAGGGGUUCCCAGAGCACUCAUAAGCGAUGAAGGCACCCAUUUCUUGAACACGUUGAUGGAGAAUUUGCUGAAGAAGUACAAUGUUAAGCACAAGAUUGCAACUGCUUAUCAUCCUCAGACCAGUGGUCAAGUAGAGGUUUCGAACAGACAAAUCAAGCAGAUUCUCGAAAAGACUGUCAGCGCUUCGAGAAAGGAUUGGUCUCUUAAGCUUGAAGAUGCACUAUGGGCAUACAAAACAACAUUCAAAACGCCUAUAGGUAUGUCCCCGUAUCAGUUGGUUUAUGGUAAAGCGUGUCAUUUACCACUCGAACUUGAGCACAAGGCGUUUUGGGCCACCAAAUUCCUUAAUUAUGAUAUUGUGAAAGCUGGAGAGUCCCGAAUUCUUCAACUCCAUGAAUUAGAAGAAUUUCGGAAUCAAUCCUAUGAGAAUGCCAAAAUUUAUAAAGAAACAACAAAGAAAUGGCAUGAUCAAAAGAUUCAGAAGAAAGAAUUUUGGGAAGGGCAACUGGUGCUGUUGUUCAACUCCAGAUUAAAAUUAUUUCCUGGGAUGUUAAAGUCAAGAUGGUCGGGACCUUUUGUAGUGCACAAAGUAUUUCCUACAGGGGCUAUUGAGCUCAGGAAUAAUAACAAUGGAGACACCUUCAAAGUGAAUGGCCAAAGGUUGAAACCAUACAAUCCUGGACAAGGAGCUAUCACACUCGAACACGUUCAUCUCGCAUGA